AUGUUCUUUGCAAACUGGAUAUCCGCCGCCGUAUCCCCGAUAACUAGCACUUUACCAACAUCGAGGUCGGUAAUCCCAUACCGGCUCUUGAGCGUGGGUAUCAGUAUAUCCGUAAAAUUAGCCGGGUCAGGCUUCUUCUUUGCUCCAGGAGUGCUAUCCCCUAUUAUCAAAUCCUCGGGCACGUAUCCCCCCAUACCGUUCCGUUCCAGCGCCGUCUUCACAGCACCAACUCCCUUAUUGCUAACAAUGGACAUCGGUAUGCCGGAUUCUUUGAGGGUUUGUAGCAGUUUCUGGGCUCCUGGGAAGGCUUUUAUGAGUUUUUGGCCGUGA